CUUCAGCUGAAGCUCUUUUCCACAUUUGCGCCCGAGGGCUGCGCCACAGCUUCGGCGGCGGAGCGGAGCGAGCCGAAUUUAGAGUUCCAAUCGGACUCUGUAUGCAUUGUGUGCCGCAUUGUGUUCACUGUGUGCCGUUCAAAUGCAUCGCGCUGACAUUGUGCAACGUUCCAGCCUAGAUGAGCUGCGACGACUCUAAUUCUAACUUUGCAGAUAAGCCCGCUUCGUCAUGUCUAUUUCUUCCGUCACGAGAAGCGGACGAUCGUCACAAGCGCCUCAAGAAGGGACGCCUCCAGCCGGGGACGCAACUCAGUCUAUGGAGUUCGAGAAGGUGCUCGAGGAAGUGGGUGGCUUCGGCCUUUUCAACAAGACCGUCAUGACACUGGCUCUGGUGAUAGCCACGGGAAAUGCCGCAAUGGCCUACUUCUUUCACGUUUUUUUACUCAUCGCGCCAACUAGCCAGUGGUGCUUCGUGAACGGCACUUCGCUCGAAGACUUUGCCGACAUCACGGUGCUGCCGCAGCAACGGUGUCAGCUUGUGAGCCUGUCCGGCGACGGUGCAAAUGUUACCACCACCGAUGGCAGUGCCCAUACGUGCCCAACUGGAUGGAAGUUCAACCCAGACGAGUUCUUCACAUCGGUUGCGAUGGAGCAUGGCUGGGUAUGUGCCGAGAGCUGGAGAACGUACACCGUUCAUACAGUUUUCUGGGCGGGAUCAAUGACGAGCUACUUUGUCUCCGGAUUUCUGGCUGAUAGAAUCGGACGAAGGAAAACAGCGUUGCUGCUCAUAGCAGUGGGUUCCAUUUCCAACCUGCUGAGCGCCUUUUUCUCAGAUUUUAUUAGUUACACGGCUCUGAGGUUCUUCGCCGCCGCAGGAACGUACCCGGUGACGACAACGGUAUUCGUGUUGGUCAUGGAGUACACCGUAGCUGAAAGGAGGACGCUGGUCGCCUUCGUAUGGAGCGUCGCCUGGACUGCCUUCGGCGCGCUGUCACCCUGGUACGCCUACCUGGUGCAGAAUUCCAGGACACUCAUCGAAACCAGCGUGUGUUUCAGCGCUGUCCUCUUUAUAUUAACACUGUGGCUUCCCGAGUCCUCCAGCUGGCUAUUGUCGGUCAACCGCAGGGAAGAAGCUUUCGCCACUCUUCAGAGGAUCGCGCGCAUCAACGGCAAGGACGUAUCUCAAGAAAAGCUGAGCAAGUUGCUACAUGAAACGGCUAGCGAUGCACAGACACAGACGGUCGCUGACAAGGCUCCAAGUUUCUGGAGUGGCACCAUGGUCAUGCUGACGUCUCCGAACAUCCGCAAGAUCUCGCUGCUGAUAUAUGUCGCCUGGUUCGCCAUCUGCAUCUGCUACAACGGGACCAGUGUGCAGAUAGGAGCACUGAGCCUGGACAUUUACACUGCCUAUUCCGUUGCCUUAGCAUUCGAGCUUCCCGUGAACCUCUUCUGCAUAUUUUCACUGGACGUACUGGGACGACGCUGGCCCAAUAGCAUGUUUAUGCUCACUGGUGGAAUCAUCUGCCUUCUUAUGUGGGCCAUUAGAAAAGAGUCAGAAACUUGGACGCUCAUCAUGGUGGCCUUGCUGACAAUGUCCUUCGCCGGCGCCUACAACAUCACGUACCAGGUGGCAUCUGAGGUGUUCCCCACCAUGAUCCGGGGCCGCGCUGUCCUGCUUCAGAGGAUGUUGGGAGAUGUGGGCAGCCAGCUGGGAGCCCAGAUCGCCUCACUGGCUGUGCUGGACGAGUACUCCCCCUUCCUGGUGACGGGAAGUUUGGCCCUGGUGGCCACUGUGCUCUUGUUCCUGCUGCCAGAAACCGCGGGAACAGUCGUUCCGCAGACAAUCGAGGACGGUGAGGGCUUCGGAAAGGGACAGGGCAUCUGCUACUGCCCGCUCUUUGCCAGUGAAUCACAGACGCCGGAGAAGAAGCCUUCCUUGAGUGAAUGGACUGGCAUCCUCUCAUUCCACAAGAAACUGCCAGUCACCCAAAAGCCUGCCGUCAACAAAGCAUUUGAACACGACUUAGUUAUAGCAACAAUAUACAAUUCAAUUAGGUGAAACCACUAUAAUGUGCGUUCCUAUAUACCAUGCGCGGCGACGUGCGGCCGACGUUUUGGGAGUUUGCGUCAACGAGGAAAGUAAGCUGUCACCUUAGAGAUCUACAGCAUCUGUAAUUCGCUUACUGAAAACGUUCAAGGGUAAUGUUGAGAGCAAAUGCAUUACUACUGCCAUAUCUUUCGUACGAUGCGGGUAGCCUUUGCGAGCUUGGGAAAAGUUUAGGGGGUUCUUACGAAACAAUAUGACCAUGCCAUUAUGACUAGUAUAGCAUGCCGAAAAUCAGGUCCCAGAAGGGAAAACACAAUCCCUCGGAGAGACUCUAAAGAGCCGAAAGCAGUCUAAACAGUAUAAAUCUUUUCUGUAGAGUUAUAUGUACCCAGGUGCAGUAAAAUCUAAGCGAAACGAGAUGUCCUCGUGUUUCCGCGCCGAUGCAGGGCGUUGCCAAGCGUGGUAAUUAACGCGAUUUUAUUGUAAAGCACAUCCGCUGCAUUUGCGCAAAAGUAUAUACUGUAAACAAGCACUUCGCUUGUCUUGGAUAGCAUAUGUCAGCCAGUACACCGUUCGUUGCAUUGAACGUCCAAGAAUUGAAGAGGAGUAUAUUCACCACCAGUUAGACCCUGAGCUUCUGCGCCGCCAUUGACACCCUGUUACAUCAUUUCCACCUCGGAGCUGCCUGAACAAUACACAUUUUAUUUCGAAUAAAGCCUGCGACUUCUCCGACACGUUCGUGCGGCCACGACGACGAGGAUGUAUACCGCCUACUCCUCAACUGUCCGAGGCAUAUUACGCGUACACAGCGUCUCAAACAAGAACUCUGUUCAGUUGAUUCGCACCGAUCCCUUAAUGCGUUAGCAUUCGGGUA